AUGAAAGAUGUUGUUCAACUUUAUUUCAUCACUAUACCAAUACAUAUUAAAAAUAAUCAGUGCAGCGCAAUUGCGCCGUUUCUAACUGUCGAUGAAUUGAGGUAUACCUUUGGAGUGAAACAUAUUAGUGAAGCUGUCAAUAUCCCGUCUUAUAAAACAAUCCUUCCAAAUGCUAAGUAUGGCGAUGACGGAAGUUUGGAAAGACUGCUGAUUAACGUUGACGAUGAGGAACAUAACUUAGAAUUUGAACCGACUCUCAAGCAGCUGGUUGUUCCGCAAUUUACCACUGUAUACCGAAAUGCUGACGGUAGCGGACGUUUGGAAGUAGGAAAAAUGCCAGAGAGUUGUCACUACCAUCACAGGUCCAACCAUACAUAUGCAUCGGCUAGCGUUUGUGAUGGCCAUUUUAAAGGUAUCAUAAUAAAACCAAGUGGAGUUUAUGUGAUUCAUCCAAUUCCAGACCGCUCUAAUCAUGGGCUACAUGUACUGUACAAACGAGAGGUUAAUCAAGAUUUUUGUGGGCUUGAUUUGGAAGUGACAGCUGGAGAUUUACUUGAAGCUGAGAAUGGUGUUCACGAGGAUGUUUUUGUUACUGGACAGCAACUUGCUCGAGAAGGCGACUUAAUUGUCGAGUUGGCAAUAUUUGUGGACGAAUUACUUUGGAAACAUUUUUAUUCACAACAUGGAACGAAUGCGGAGAAAAAGUUACAGGACUAUGCAUUAACAAUGCUUAAUAACAUACAGAUUAUGUACUACCAACCAUCAGCAGUUCCACAACUUACGUUUCAUGUUAUACGAUUUGAAGUUUUAACGUCACAACCAAGUGCUCUGGCACCCCAUUUACAUGACAACGGACAUGCACAAUACUACUUGAAAUGUUUUUGUCAAUAUCAAAAAAAUCUAGCAGUACGUGACUGGGAUCAUGCAUUGCUGUUGACCGGAUAUGAUAUUCAUCGAGGCAGCGGGUCUCGUUCAAUUAGUGGUAUCGCACGGUUAGAUGGUAUGUGCGAUCCAUGGAAUACUUGCACUCUUGCCGAAGGAUUAGAUUUUACUUCCGCAUUUAUUGGGACCCAUGAGCUUGGUCAUAGUGUCGGGAUGAGACACGACGAACCGUUUUGUCAGUCGACACACAUUAUGAGCUCAUCACUGGGACCUGGAAAACUUACAUGGUCGACAUGCAGUCUACGCGAUUAUCACCUUUUUCUCCAAAGACUUGACAUUUCCGGCCGAAAUUGUCUGAGGGUUUCAACACUUCCUGAAAAAUUGACAAUCCGUCCGGAUAUUAAACCUGGCCAAGUUUAUGAUGCUGACAGUCAGUGCCGCAUGAUGCAUGGUUCAACUUACAAGCAAGUAAAACCUCGCCGAGAUCACUAUGAUGGCAUUUGUUACAUGAUGUGGUGUGGACAAAAUACUUUUGGCAGAAUAAUAACUUCGCAUCCAGCACUGGAAGGUACAUUUUGCGGUCCGUCGAAAUGGUGCGAACUUGGACGUUGUAUACCUUGGCCAGGCAGUAGUGCUACUUCUUUGUCACAUCCCAAGCGUGUGGACGGUCAGUGGUCAAGCUGGAGUGAACCGUCGUGUCGUGAUUGCUCUUGUUCUGAUCUGAUUGGAAGCAUUGGUAUUGUGGUCUCUUCCCGCUCUUGUACAAAUCCGGCACCUGCAAAUGGUGGUUUUCAGUGCAUAGGCGCAAGUAAUCGGGCUCUCGUCUGCAAUCUACAUUGUUCUUCACAAGUUCAAACUGUAGAUCAGUACAUCAAUCAAAUAUGUGAACAGCACCGACGGUUGAGAAGCGAUCCGGAAUUAACUGGCACCGGUACUCAAAUGACUAGAUAUCCACAAAGGGCUUGCAAGGUAUUUUGUGAUGUUAAUGGCCGAACCGGCAGAAACUUCAGAUUUUUUGGUGACAAUUUGCCAAACGGUGCUAACUGUGGGCCGAACGCUUACUGUUUGGACGGCGAAUGUAUACAACUUUCUUGUGAAAACUACGCCUUAAUCACUCGCGACGUUGGUUGCCCAACGAAACGGUGCCCGCUAAACAACAGUCCUGCAGCAACUGGCCAGUGGUCGGUUUGGUCAACAUGGUCUGCUUGCUCACAGACUUGUGGUGGCGGCAUCGCUCAACGAGAUCGACAGUGCGAAAAUGGAAAAACUUGUGAAGGUUCAUCUACUGAAAGUAAAAGUUGCAACGAAAAUCUGUGUCCACAAACAUCUAUGUCGGGUAGCUGGGGAGAAUGGACAACGUGGAACCAGUGUUCAGUUACUUGCGGUAAAGGUUCACAAGCACGGUAUAGACGGUGUAAUGGGAGUGGACGUUGUAACGGCAACACAAUGCAAGUUCGACAGUGUGAUAUGGGUAUCUGUAAUGUCGGUGUAGUUGGGCUGUGGGGUAAAUGGACGGAAUGGUCUGCUUGUUCUGCAAGCUGUGGACCCGGAAUUAGAAUCAGAAACCGUUUCUGCACAAAAGAACCGUGCGAUGGAUCUGGCCAAUCUCGCAUGUCUUGUGAUCUAGGUCCGUGUGGAAGCAAUAUUGGUCACUGGUUAGAAUGGGGACCUUGGUCUGAGUGUACUCGUCCUUGCGGUACUGGAGCUCGGGCAAGAAGCCGGUCUUGCUCAAAAAUUGGCUGUAUCGGUAGCAGAGUAGAGCAAGAAACGUGUAAUACACAAACAUGCAACUACGCAGACGCCAUGUGGUCUGGCUGGUCCAGUUGGGGAUCAUGUUCAGUAUCUUGUGGCAUAGGAGAACAGCGCCGUACAAGACAUUGUCAGCAUGGUGAUUGUCAGGGUCCCUCGACAGAUACAGAACCUUGUGACCAAGGAGAAUGUAUUAAUGCUGAGGCAACUUGGGGGGGCUGGGGGUACUGGUCAGUAUGCAGUGAAACAUGUGGGCGCGGAACACGGAAACGAGUUCGUAAAUGCUACGGUAACGGUCGAUGUAAGGGGCAUGAAUACGAACGUGAAGAGUGUAACGAACGACGUUGCUAG